AUGAGUUCAGAAAGAGCCUCUUCAUCGUUUCCUUCAUCAACUUCCAAAUGGGAAUAUGAUGUCUUUCUUAGUUUUAGAGGUGAAGAUACCAGGAAGGGUUUUACAAACACCUUAUACAAUUCAUUGGUAGAUCAGGGAAUAAGAACUUUCAUGGAUGACCGUGAGCUCCAAAAAGGGAAAUCCAUUUCUCCGGAACUUUUCACUGCAAUUGAAGAAUCAAAUAUUGCACUCGUCGUACUCUCACUAAAUUAUGCAUCUUCAGCAUGGUGCUUGGAUGAACUUUUGAAGAUUCUUGAGUGCAUGGAAGCUAGGAAUACAAUUUAUCCAAUAUUCUAUAAUGUCGAUCCCUGUGAAGUGAGACGACAAACUGGAAAUUUUGCAGAAGCCUUCACCAAACAUGAAGAGAGACUGAGCGACGACACAGAGAAGGUGCAAAAAUGGAGAGCUGCUCUAACAAAAGUGUCAAACUUCUCUGGGUGGAAUUCAAAGGACUACAGGUAUGAAUCGGAGCUCAUCAAGAAAAUUGUUGCUGAAGUAAGGAUGCAAUCACGCCCAACAUUGUUUAGUUCAAUGGAGAACCUAGUUGGGAUUGAUUCAAGAGUAGAAGCAGUUAAUUCGCUUUUAGGUGUAGGGAUGAAUGAUGUUCACUUUAUAGGGAUAUGGGGAAUGGGUGGAAUUGGUAAGUCAACUAUUGCCAAAGUACUCUUUGAUCGAAUCUCUCAUCAAUUUGAGUUCAGGGACUUUAUUUCUAAUGUUAGACGGAAUGUUGAAACAAGUGGUCUGGAUCAGUUACAAAAGAAACUUAUUUCUAGGAUGCUGGGGAAAGAGACUGACGUAUGUAGUUUGGAGGCGGGAGCCACAACGAUAAGAAGAUUUCUACGUCCGAGAAAGGUGCUUCUCGUUCUUGAUGAUGUCAAUCAUUCGGACCAGUUGGACUGUUUGGCUGGAAAGGAAGAUUGGUAUGGUUUUGGAAGUGUAGUUAUCAUUACAACUAGAGAUGCUCACCUGUUGGUUAAACAUGGAGUGGUGAGAAGAUCUGAGGUCCAGGUUCUAAAUACAGAUGAAGCUCUUCAGCUUUUUAUCCAGCACGCCUUCAGAAAAGGUUACCCUGAGCAAAGCUACCGUGAUUUGUCUAAUCAAUUUGUGAAGUAUGCCAAAGGUCUUCCUCUAGCUCUUAAAGUCUUGGGUUCUUUUUUGCAUGGGAGAGAUAUACCUGCGUGGGAGAGUGCGUUGGCAAAAUUGAGAAAAGUUGGGAAUGCUGAAAUUUUUGAGGCACUUAAAAUAAGUUAUGAUGGUCUAGAUGACCAUGAGAAGAGUAUCUUCCUAGACAUUGCAUUGUUUCACAUUGGAUGCAAAAAACAGACAGUAAUGCAUUUACUGGACGCAUGUGACUUUGCUGCAACUAUUGGAAUUGAUGUACUUGAGAAGAGAUCUCUCUUAACUAUAGAUGCUGGCAUUCUACAAAUGCAUGAUUUGCUCAGAGAAAUGGGCCUAGAAAUUGUUCGCCGAGAAUCUCCUGAUGAUCCAGGCAAGCGAAUUAUCAGCCUAGAGAACUUACGAAUACUUGAAAUGUGCCAUAGCCAAAUUGAAUAUCUGUGGGAGGGUAAAAAGCAGUUAAAAAGUUUGAAACACAUCGUCCUCAGUCACUCUUUAAAUCUUUGCAAGACCCCGGACUUCAGUGGUUGUCCAGAUCUUGAAUAUUUGAAUCUUGAAGGUUGUAUACAGCUGUACGAGGUUGAUUCAUCCGUUGGAUUCCUUAAAAGACUUACUAUGAUGCACUUGAAGGGUUGCAAAAACCUUAGGCUUCUUCCAAGCAGUGUAUCUGGCUUAAAAUCACUGAAAAUUCUUGAUCUUAGUGAUUGCUCGAAGCUUGAGAAGUUACCAGAAGACUUCGGUCAUUUAGAGAUUCUGGAAGAGCUUUAUGUGAAUCGAACUGCCCUGAGAGAACUGCCUCCAUGCAUGGGUCUUCAGAAUCUCAAAAUAUUAUCGUUUUAUGGAUGUACAGGACCACCGAUAUCUAAGUUGCUGCCUUCCUUUGCUGGUUUACAUUCUUUAACAGAACUGAAUUUGUCGCGCUCUAAUCUUUUGGAAGGAGCUAUCCCUGAUAAUAUCGGCUGUCUAUCCUCUUUAAAGGAACUAUAUCUAGCUGGUAACCAAUUUGUUACCCUUCCGGUGAGCCUCAGUCAACUUCACAGGCUUGAACUUCUUUUUUUGAAUAAUUGCCCGAACCUUCAAAGAUUACCAAAGCUUCCGUCUCGUGUACUAGUGAGUGCUAGAGAAUGCCUUUCAUUGGAGAAAGUGCCAGAACAUCUGUCAAGGGCAAAUUUUUUAUAUUGUUUGAAACUGGCGAAGUGUACAAGUGUGGCAUUCACAUCAAUGAAGCGACACCUUCAGGAAGUAUCUCAGUACCUUAAGGAAGAAGCCAGGGACACACCGUUUAGGUUCGUUAUUCCUGGAAAUGAAAUUCCGGAGUGGUUUGAUCAAACUGUGACUGCUCCCCUAAGUAUAAAUCUGCAUCCAGAUUCGUUUUGUAAGGAGUUUGUGGGAUUUGCGCUCUGUUUUGUUUUUGCAGUACAUGGACACCGCCAGUUCCCACCGGUUUCGAAUUAUUGGCAUCAAAUUACUUGCAUUGUGAAAGUAGAUGGACAAGAGAAAUCUAACGAACAUUUUAAGUUCGACCAUCCGCUUGGACGAGCUGUGCCAGAUCACCUUUGGUUUUCUUACCACAAUGAUAUAUCUUCGUAUUUUCGUCGUGCAGAUACAACAGAGUCGAAACAAAUUGAAUUUUCAUUUCGUGUCAAGGGCCAAGGCUUGGUUGUCAAGAAAUAUGGGGUACGUUUAGUAUAUAAACAAGAUGUGGCAGAGGUUAACCAAAGCAACGUUGCCCUUUCUAAUGAGGCUUUGGAAAUUCCUCUUUCUGAUUCGGAGAAAGCAGCAGUUGUAUCUCAUGCCAUUCCCAAGCGAGGCCUUCCUCCUCACUCUCAAGGAGGCGGACCUAGUGGAGGUGGUUUUUCUUUUUAUAAAGAACCUCAGCCAGAUCGUUUGGAAAGAUUAAAGUCUGCGUGUGCUAGGGUUAAGGAGCCCCUCCUCCCUUCAUACCUAUGUGAUCUAAUUAAGUCUCAUCCCAAUAAACUGAAAAUGUUGGAAGAGCAUCGGAAGACAGCUCACUCAUGA